AUGAAAGCGUUGGGGCCUGGCGGAGCGGACGUGCUGGUGGAGCGGCCAUCAUACCCACUCACCUCCCCCUUCCCGUGCGCUUCUUCAGACACUCGUGCAGAGCUGAAGGCACUGGGGCGGGAAUUAGGCCUGCUGGUGCUGGAGCUGGCGGACGUGCUGGUGGAGCGGCCAUCAUACCCACUCACCUCCCAUUCCCUUGCCCUUUUGCCAGACACACGUGCAGAGCUGAAAGCAUUGGGCCGGGAAUUGGGCCUGCUGGUGUUGGAGCUGGCAGACGUGCUGGUGGAGCGGCCAUCACAGGCAGGGCGGUGUGUGGAGGACAUCUCACUGCUCUUCACCAACCUGCACUUCCUCCUCAACUCGCUGCGUCCUCAUCAGGCGCGGGCAACGCUAACACACAUACUCAAGACGCAGCUCGAGAUGCGAAAGCAGUCCUUACAAGGCAUCAAGGAGCAGCGAGCGGCAGUGUGGGAGGUGCUGCGGCUGGCAGUGGGAGAGGUGGAGGCCGCCACACGAGGGGCAGAGGGAGGAGGGGGCAGCAGCAAGGGUGGUGCGGAGGGAGCGGAGGUGGAAGGAGGGGGAGUCGGCAAGCAGUGA